UGUCUGUUUUAUUUUACAAUUAUUGUCCGUCUUUAAUUUACUGAACUUAUAUUUUUCUUUUUGAUCACUGAACCUAUAUCUAACUUGUUUUUCUUUUAUUAACCUAGGACACACCAAGGCCAGUCACGAGGGCUACUGGGACCAUCCAAGAGCUUGCAUAUGGAGAACUCAAGAGAAAGAUUAACAUUGCUAACGAGAAAGUAAAAGAGAUCUUGGAUGUGUUGGACGUUGGUAUUGCAACCGGGGACAAUCAGGCAGUGGCGGAAGUUUCACAAGGGCUGCAGGCACUGAUAAAGGUGUUGACUGUGGAGCCACAUGCCAUGGAAGAAGUGCAGCCGGAGGAGGCUGAACCACAGACUGGAGCUGAAAUACAAGGAAUGGAACUUGGACAAGGAAGUGAAGCAGGAGGAGAACAAGCACAGAUCCAGACCCUGAUCAUGACCCAGCCGCAGCAGUCCCAGACCCUGCCCCAGUUUCAGCCCGAGACCCUGUCCGAGCCUCAGCCCCAGACAAUGCCUCUGCCUCAAACCCUCUCCUUGACCGAGCCUGAACCCCAGAUCCUGCAUGAGCUUGAGCCUCAGACUCUGCCUGAGCUUGAGCCUCUGCCUGAUCUUGAGCCUCUGGUUGAGCUUGAGCCUCUGCCGUUGACCCAGCCCCAGCCGCGUAUCCUGCCCCAGAUUCAGCCCAAUACAGAAGCUGAGGCAAUGGAUGAAGAUAUGCUCUGAUUUCUGAAGUAACGAUCCAACAAAAACAGCCUAGACCAUAGCCUUGGUGUUUGUGGUUAUGAGUGUUCAUCUAAUAUUUGGGUGUUGGAUCGUCUCUUAAUAAAACCUGUAAGACAUUUUUAUUUUUAACAGAUUGCUAGAGAAGAGACAAAACCUUUUGAUACUCUGGUCUGUUUGUUUCUUGUCUAUGGAUAUUUCCAGUGUUGGAUGUUUUCUCUUUUUAUCAAUCUAAGUGUUUUCUUCUC